AUGAUACAUAUUCGAGAUAAUUUUAUGAAAAUUUAUGAUCAUUCUGAAUUUGGUAUACUUGUACGUAUGCAAAGAUUUCUAAUGUUACUAAAAAAAACUGAUUCAAAAAUAUAUUAUUUAUUUGAAAAACAAAAAAUAAAACCAGAAUUUUAUGCAUUUCGUUGGUUAACAUUAUUAUUAUCACAAGAAUUUCGUUUACCAGAUGUUUUACGCAUUUGGGAUUCAUUAUUUGCUGAUCAAGAAAGAAAUUUCGAAUUUCUUCUGUAUAUCUGUAGUGCUAUGAUUAUUAUCCAACGAGAUCGUCUUUUAAAUGGAUCUGAAUCACAAAAUAUAAAAUUACUACAAAAUUAUCCACAAGAUAUUGAUGUAUACCAAAUAUUAGAAAAAGCUGUUGAACUUAAACGUCUUCAUCUUUUGUGA